AUGGAAGACAUGGACGACAUUAUCUCCGAUUCAGACAUCGAGAUGAGUCUCACGAGCGAAGACCCGAAGCCGAAGACAGCGCCAGAGUUUGUCUACAAAGUGUUGUCCAUCGAAGAGAUCGGCACUCAAAUGAAGCGCUGCAUCGAUGACAUCAAGUCAGUGGUUCCGUUGUCGUCGGCGGCCAUUCGGACACUUCUCAAGCACUUUAAAUGGGAUAAACAAAAACUUCUGGAGCGGCUCUUCGACGGCGACGAAGAGAAACUGUUCCGAGAGAUCGGUUUAGUGUCCGACAACUCUGUGGCGAAAGAGUCCAAAGCGGGUGACAGCAAAAGACGUCGCUAUUCGGAGAUACUGUGUCUGAUCUGCUAUUUGGACACCAAAACGGACAGUAUGUUUGGCCUCGACUGCGAUCACCUGUACUGUCGCCAGUGUUGGACCCAAUAUCUGACCACCAAAAUCAUGUCCGAAGGCGAUGUGAUGGCCAUCACGUGUGCGCACAGCGACUGCAAACUGAUUAUAGAUGACGAGGACGUCCUGAAGUUGAUAGCAGACGAGUUGGUGAAAGCCAAGUACCAGCGCCUGACCACCAACUCCUUCGUGGAGAGCAAUCGGCUGUUGCGAUGGUGUCCGCGACCCGACUGUUUGCACGCCUUCAGCGUAGUGUCCAAAGAGGCGCAUCCCGUGACCUGUGUUUGCGGGACUCAGAUCUGCUUCGGUUGCGGUGAAGCCAAUCACGAGCCCAUCGGCUGUCAUCUGCUUCGGGAGUGGAAUAUCAAGUCCGCGGGCAAUAACUCGGAGCGCAUCGACGGCAAGACAGCCAAUUGGAUCAUCACUAACACCAAAGAGUGUCCCAAAUGCAGGACAACCAUCGAGAAGAAUGGCGGCUGUAAUCACAUGACUUGUCGUAGCAUAAAAUGCAAGUACGAGUUCUGUUGGGUGUGUCUGGACUCGUGGUCAACUCACGGCACGUCUUAUUACAACUGCAAUCUCUAUAACGAAAACAAAGUGAAGGACAAGAAGAGCAGCCAAUCGGAGGGCAGGAAGUGUUUGGAGAGAUAUAUGUUUUAUUGGACCCGAUUUAUGAACCAUCAGCAGAGCCUCCGGUUUGAGAAUGAGCUCAAGUCGUCGGUGAAGAGCAAAAUGACACAAAUGCAGGACAGAUAUCACAUGACUUGGGUUGAGGUCCAGUUCAUGGAGAGGGCGGUGGAAGUGCUGUGCAGUUGCCGACAGACACUCAUGUUUACAUAUGUGUUCGCCUUUUACAACGAGAGGACACAACAGAUGAACAUAUUUGAAGACAAUCAAAGAGAUCUGCAGAAAGCGGUGGAAACGCUGUCCGAAUACCUCGAGAGGGAUGAGAAGGACGCCAACGAUGACAACCAUUGCAUCAGAUCUCAAGUCUUGCAUUCAAGCAAUUAUUGCCAAAACAGACGCAAAGCACUCAUCGAUCAUAUCAUGGAAGGCAAUGAGAAGGAGUGGUGGAAAUACAACUUCGAGUAGAUCCAGUCAUCCAUGUCUUGUCCA